UAUACCCCCAGCGCAAUUCCUCCUCCUUCGCAUGGAGCUAAAACCUCCAUGAAACCUCGCAAGACCCACCAUUGAAUCUUUAGCUCUCCACCACGCCGCAGGUCCCAGCAUGAAGUCCCUCCGCCCCAAGACCCUCUUCCCAUCUCCGAAGUCUCCACCCUCGUUUCUGAGGAUCUCCCGUUUCUUGGCAUCUUCUUCCGGCUAUGACCCGCAUCCGCACUUGGCGCAGAGUCCGCCGCCGCGGCGGGACGACGACAGGUCGCGCGGCGUCAGGGUCUCGGUGUGGUGGGACUUCGAGAACUGCAACUUGCCGGCCGGCGUCAACGUGUUCAAGGUCGCGGCUUCGAUCGCCGCCGCGGUUAGGGCGAGCGGGAUCAGGGGCCCGAUUCAGAUCACGGCCUUCGGCGACGUCCUGCAGCUCUCGCGAUCGAGGCAGGAGGCUCUCUCGGCCACCGGAAUCAGUAUGACCCAUGUGCCUAACGGUGGAAAGAACAGUGCUGAUAGGUCUCUCCUUGCUGAUCUCAUGUAUUGGGUAUCACAGAAUCCUCCACCGGCACAUCUGUUUUUGAUAUCUGGUGAUAGAGAUUUUGCCAGCAUUUUGCACAAGUUAAGAAUGAGCAACUACAACAUUCUUCUUGCGAGUCCAGAAAGUGCCCCCCCUGUUCUCUGCAGCGCUGCUAGUAUUAUGUGGCAUUGGAAUUCUUUGGUCAAAGGGGAAAACCUUACGGGAAAGCAUUUUAAUCAGCCUCCUGAUGGUCCAUAUGGUUCUUGGUAUGGUCACUGCAAGCUUCCUCUUGAGGACCCUUUUGCAGCUACUGAACAGCCUCGCUUGGGGAGUGAGAACUUGGCUCGCCCAGUUCCUCAGGCAGUCAUGAGGCAAAUUUGGAGAUUAUUAAGGUCAAGUCCAAAAGGCAUUCCAAUUACGGAACUGCGUGCAGAGCUGGGAAGAAGUAAUGUUCAUUUAGACAAGGACUUGUAUGGAUACAAAAAGUUCUCACAGUUCCUUAUGUCUAUGCCGCACAUCAUAAAGCUUCACCCCCUAGGUGAUGGGCAAUUCUUGGUGCAGGCAGUUACCAAGACACCUCAAUCAUCAUCUAACUCCAUUGUGGAUCCAUCUACAAGGUCCAUAAAUGAAAGUGGAGAGGAGGGAUGCACAAGUUCAGAUGCAGAUGAUGAGUUAAUGCAUGCCAAAAGAGCAGCUGUCCAGAAAUUACCACCAUCUGAGCUGAAUAAGGAUCUGACUUCAGAUAAUGAACCACAUCGGGAUUCCCCUGAUGCACAUGUGGCAGUGCCUCCUAAAAGGGUUGGUGAGCAACAUUUAAUUGAUAAGAAGGCCCUUGAGAUGCCGACUAGACAUGGUGCAUCAUCUGAAGUCACGAAUUCAGGUGCAGAUGAGGAGUUAAUUGAGGCCAAAAGAGCUGCUAUCAAUGAAUCACCACCGCCUGCACCUAUAAUGGGUGUGACUUCAGAUGAGGCACAACAGUGGCCUUCUCCUGAAAAAAGUUUGGCAUGUGCAUCUCAGCGAGGCUCUACAUCUCUAGCUGGUCUUUUCAAAAGGUUAUGGACAAGAUGGUUUAGUGUCAAAGAUGGCAGUUCAAGUAAGAAUAAUGUCAAAAUGUCAGACUGCACUGCUCCCCAUCACUCCAAGGAAAUGAGUAAUGGUACACUUGAAGAAUGUUCUACUCCUAGGGAUGAUUCAGGAGAGGUGAAGUACAAAGAAAAAUGUCCAACCCAGGUUUCGGAGCUAGAUUGCCCACCAUCAUCAGAUUCAACUAGCAAUCGGUCAGCUCAAAUGGAGGUGGGUGCCUUGAGAAUGGAAACUUACGAUAAUAAAUGUAGUCCUUUGCCGAAUGAUAGUGGAAUGCUUGAAGAGACCAAUAAUCACUCAACAAAGGGCAACAUUGAUACACUUUGGAGCGACGUGAAAUCAUCUCUGAGUUCAGCCAAAGGAUCGGAAACUGUCGGAAAGUCGAGGACCAGAAGAGAAAUGGCGCAAAAUCUGCGAAAGGACAGACUGCCAGCUGCAAAAUCUCUCAGCGAAAGCGAUCUCCUCCAGUUUGUCGAUCUCUUGAAAGUGGGGCAGAAAUCGGAUGAAGACCCAUCUCAAAAGCUGCUUUUUAAACCUGCUGAACAUAGCUCCCAUGCCCCAAGUCGGCUGAGCUCUGUCUUUCAGGGGAAUCUGUCGUUGCGCACGGAGAUACAGAGGUGUUUUGAGCAUAACGGAGAGAAAAAAAUUCAGAAUACUGAUGCUGGAGUUUCUCCCCACGUUCUUAAUAAGAGGCCAAUCAACCAGUCGAGAAAUAAGAUCUUAGCUGACUGUCAGAAACUUGUAGAUGAGAUACUGAAGCAGUAUCCUCAAGGAUAUGAUAUUCGCCCUUUCAAAAAGCUGUUCCUUGAUAAGCAUGGUUAUCCUCUUGAUCCACAGAGAGUUGGUUGCGAAGGCCUGGUAUCCGUUUUAGAGAAUAUGGCUGGAGUGACGGUUGAAUCUACUCAUAUUUAUCCUUCUGGCAAAGCCGUAAAAUGUCAAAAGAUGGAAAAUGCCGAUCCCAAUGUUCAUCAAAGCGAUCCCUCUUGCUCGUUGGGUAAUUUGGAUAUUGAAACGCGCGGUCCAUCAAAGGCGGAGAAUGCGAGUCCCACUGUUCAUCAAAGCGAUCUCUCAGUGCGUAGUUUGGAUAUUGAAUCGUGUGGUUCAUCAAAGAAGGAUGAUUGUGUUGACUCUCUGUGGGAGGAAUUGGAGCCCAUUGCUGAUGAAGUUUCCAGCAGAAAUGACCUCAAACCGGGACAUUUUGCUGAAGCAGAUGCUGCUGAUGCUGAUUACAAACCUGACCUCUCAGACAGUGACUUUUUAGAAUUAGAAAAUGAGGUUAAUGCAUCUGGAGAAGAUGCGGGUGGAACACAGAAGGAGGACACGGUACACACCUCACCAUUCGAAGAAGUGAUCAAUUCGUACUACACCAGCAAGAAAAGUGAUAGUGAGAGUUACAAGUCGACUAGUACGGAUGGCAUGUCCGAUUCUUCCUCUGAUACAGCGCAACCAUCCGAUCCAUCAGAAGGCACGAAAGUUGAGGCUUCCGUUAAAUGCAGCAACGGAAAGAGAAGGGUUGGAAAGACCUAUAGUUUUGUCGCAGACCCGGAUAGGAAGGUUGAAGGCAGUCCACUGUAUGGCAUUUUGGAUAGCUUGGAUAAGUCAAGCGAGUCAAGAAUGCAUGGCUGAAAGAGGUCUUGGAGAUUUUAAACGUACUUUGCAUAUCUGAGGUUUCCCGGUAACUGUCUUUGGGGGAUCGACUCGGAAGAAAUCAAGCAACAGCCUUUGCCCAACGACGAGUUUCCAUCAAAUUACACAUAUUGGUCCUUGUUCUGGAUUACCUUUGCUCACGAGGCAAUGGAGGACUAUACAAGGUCUGCUCAUUGCAACUUUAGUUUCCUGCAAAUAUCAUGUCUGAGCCUCCAUGAGUUAAUUGUUAUCCAACCUUUAUUUAUUUCCGGCUGGUCGGCCAUUUCAUUUUUCCUAUGGUCUGUAUGGUCUCUAUCAAUGCUGUCCGCGGCGACUUUUGAAUUUUUACUUUUUUGUUAUUCUAAGCCUUACGGUAUA